CUCUCCGUCAUCUUCCUCAAUAAGUCACCUCUUUUAGGGUUUAUGCCCAUGCUUUUCAGACACUCAAACAACUUCUUAUAACUUUUUACAAUCAAUCAACUAUGAGUAUGAGCGCCGCUGCUUCUAUCUCCUCCAUCGCCACCCUUCGCUUCCCCACUUGCCGCCCUUCCUCCUGCUUUCGCGCCUCUAAAUCUCUCUCGCUUCCCACAAUGGCUCAAUUCUCCUCCUCCGCCACUUCUCCGCCGCCUUCGACCUCCGACGCGGCGCCCGUCGAAGCCAAGAAGCCGCCCAAGCUGCCGUGGCUCAUAGUCGGACUCGGAAACCCCGGCAAGAUGUACAGCCGCACCCGCCACAAUGUGGGUUUUGAGAUGGUGGAUGCUAUAGCUGAAGCUGAAGGGAUAGCUUUGAGCAGUGUUUCUUUCAAAGCCCUUAUUGGAAAAGGCUUUAUUGGGGAUGCCCCAGUUAUAUUUGCCAAACCGCAAACGUACAUGAAUAAAAGUGGUGAGUCUGUUGGAGCCAUUGUCUCAUAUUACAAAAUUCCAUUGCAGCAAGUACUUGUGAUAUUUGAUGAUCUGGAUCUGCCUUUUGCAAAAUUGCGGCUGUUGCCAAAAGGUGGACAUGGAGGACAAAAUGGGAUGAGGAGUAUCAUUGAUCAUUUUAAAGGAAGCCGUGACUUUCCACGUUUGAGAAUCGGCAUUGGCCGGCCUCCUGGGAAAAUGAACCCUGCCAGCUAUGUUCUUCGUCCAUUUACUAAACAAGAACGCGAGGAGUUAGAUUUUACAUUUCAACACGGCACAGACGCAGUGCGGAUCCUUUUGCUUGAAGGGUUCAACAAAGCGGCAACAUUUGUUAACACAGCCAAACCCUUGGAGCAAUGUGGUUAAUUGCUUUUCAGGUUGCAAGCUUUGUUUACCAUGAGAAGUAGAAUAUACAUUUAGAUUUCUCUUUUUAUCUCACGGUGCUACACAAGAUUUAUACAGAACCCGUUUGGGAAUUUGCAAGCAUUUACAUUCUUUGACACAAAAGCUGCAG